GCCAAGGUUGGCCCCCCACUGCACUCUAUGGCUUAAUGCCGUGGUACACAUACAGUGUAAGUAAAUACCUUGUACAUAGGAUCGAUCUGGGCCAGAUCUUGGAUCUGAAGUUCAUCCCAUGCACAUUAUCUACAAAUAUCCACUAUUUAAGCGUACCAAAGCAGGGAUCUAGAUGCCAUUAUGUAACUCGUAGGAGCAAAAGGAAGGUGAAUUUCCAUUUAGCUCGCGUGGCCGAUAAGCUACCCUGAACCACCUUCUGUUAAUACAUACCCCACGCCGACUUUUACGAACAUACAUACAAUUACAUACCUCGUACAUGUAAAUCCACAACAUCGUUGUCGCAUCGUCGACAAGAGACCACCAUCGCGAACUUCCCAAUUGCGCAUCCCGAACCAACAUUCGAACUGCCCCGCGCGCGCGAUGAACCACCCACCAUGCCGUCGUCGAACAGGGACAUCGAGAUGAGCAUCUUCCCGAUCAAAGAGGACUCGCUAGCCCCCGGGAGCAGCUACACGAUGCGCGAGCCGCUAUACGAGGACGUGGCGUCGUCGUCGCGCACACGGUUCUUCGAUCGCAUUGUCGAUGGGUUUCGUCGAGACCCGAAUCAGCGCGUUACGCCGGAAGAUCCGCUCGACGCGAUACAUGCGGCGGAGGUGGCGCAGUUGCGGGCGCCGAUGCUUGGAGGAGGAGAAGGGGGAAGAGGGUCGUCGUCGGGGUCGUCGGGGGGUCAUCGGUAUGAUGUGAGGGCGGCGAAUUUGCAGACGGCGCAGUCGCAUCUUGCGCGGAAGUUGAAGGGGAGACAUUUGCAGAUGAUUGCGAUUGGGGGGUCUAUUGGGACUGGGUUAUUCGUUGCUUCGGGCCGCGCGCUUGAGGUUGGGGGCCCGGCGUCGCUGUUGCUUGCGUAUCUGUUUAUCGGAUGCAUGUUAUACUGCACCGUGCAGGCGCUUGGCGAGCUGGCCGUCUCGUUCCCGGUUGCUGGGUCCUUCUCUGCGUAUUCGACGCGCUUUUUAGACCCGUCGUGGGGGUUUGCUAUGGGUUGGAAUUACGCCCUGCAAUGGCUAGUCGCGCUACCCCUCGAGAUCAUCGCCGCGUCGAUAACUAUAACGUAUUGGAAUCCGGAUCUAAAUAAAGCUAUUUUCGUGACGAUAUUCCUGAUCGCAGUUGUUGCGAUUAACCUGUUUGGUGUCAAGGGCUAUGGUGAAGCUGAAUUUGUCUUCGCCAUUAUUAAGGUUAUUGCUGUCAUUGGCUUCAUCUUACUAGGAAUCGUCUUGAAUAUCGGAGGUGUUCCAGGAGGCGGGUAUAUAGGGGUUUUAUAUUGGCGGGAUCCAGGAGCAUUCCAUAAUGGCUUCAAAGGCCUCUGCAGCGUCUUCGUCACAGCGGCAUUUGCCUUCGCCGGGACUGAAUUGGUCGGGUUAGCCGCAGCCGAAACGGCAAAUCCGCGCAAGUCCUUGCCUACUGCUAUUAAGCAGGUGUUCUGGCGGAUUACUAUAUUUUAUAUCGUGGCUCUAUUUCUCAUCGGGCUACUCGUGCCCUACAAUGACCCACGUCUUCUCAUCCCCGGAUCGGCGGUCGCGGCCGCGUCGCCUUUCGUCAUCGCCAUCGAGAAUGCAGGCAUUGAGGUCCUACCUUCGGUAAUGAACGUCGUUAUCCUAAUCGCCGUCCUUUCCGUCGGAAACUCUUCCGUGUUUGGCUCUUCGCGAACCCUUGCCGCGCUAGCAGACCAGAGACAAGCGCCGAGAAUCUUGUCAUAUGUCGACCGUCGCGGACGGCCUUUGGUUUCCAUCAUAAUAUCAUCGUCAAUGGGUCUCCUAGCCUACCUCGCCGACCUCAACGAACAAAGCGUUGUGCUCGACUGGCUCGUCGCCAUAUCGGGCCUCUCCUCCAUCUUCACCUGGGCUUCUAUCUGCCUAGCACACAUCCGGUUCCGCCGCGCCUGGGCCCUGAAAGGCCACAGCCUGCGCGAGCUAGCCUUCAAGUCGCAAUGCGGCGUAUUCGGGUCCUACCUAGGUCUUUUUUUCAACAUCCUAGUCCUCAUCGCCCAGUUCUGGGUCGGCGCUCGUCCCGUCGGCUGGGAGGAGCUCUCGCCCACCGAGCUCGCGCAGAACUUCUUUCUGCAGUACAUGGCGUUCCCGGUGGUGGUUGUGUUUUACGUCGCCCAUAGGUACUGGGCGCACACCUCGUUUAUUAAGGUCGCUGAUAUGGAUAUUGAUACGGGACGGAGAGAUUUUAACCUCCCGAUUCUGCUUGCGCAGGAGGCGGAGGAGAGGAAGGUGUGGCCGAAGUGGAAGAGGAUAUAUAAGUUUUUGUGUUGAGUAGAGAGAGAGGUUUGUUAUGGUUUAUGCUGCGCUGCCUUUUUUUCUUUUUCCUUACUGGGUUAUUGGUCUAUUGGCUUAUGGACCGCUACGAGGUUGGAAUGUGGCGUUUUACUAACGGCGAUCUAAGGAAGAGAUUCGGGCCGUUAAAAGGGGGUUUUAGGCCUCUUGUAUUAUUGUAUUGGGACGGGUGAUGCUAUGGAACCGGGGCGUCUUGUUAUGAUUUAUUUAUGUGUUGCGGUUUUUGAUAUCAAGGCUCUGUUGUUGGUAUUCCCUUGGCUAGCGGAAGGUUUCGACGGAAUAUUAGAGACUACGCCUAGAUCUAUUGUAUAGCUAUUGUAUAGAUAGCAUUAGUUAUAUAGAUGUACGAGAAAAGCACUUAGAAGCAGAG